GGUCCUUUGACUACCUUCGAGGAUUCCGAGAAGGAAAGCGAGUAUGGAUACGUUCGCAAGGUAUCUGGACCAGUGGUUGUUGCUGAUGGAAUGGCAGGAGCUGCCAUGUACGAACUUGUUCGUGUUGGUCAUGACAACCUCAUUGGGGAAAUUAUUCGGCUGGAAGGAGAUUCUGCCACGAUUCAAGUUUAUGAAGAAACAGCUGGGUUGAUGGUGAAUGAUCCUGUUCUACGAACACACAAGCCUCUGUCAGUGGAAUUGGGGCCUGGAAUUCUGGGGAACAUCUUUGAUGGUAUUCAGAGGCCUCUGAAGACAAUUGCAAAAAUAUCUGGUGAUGUCUAUAUUCCUCGUGGUGUUUCUGUCCCAGCUCUCGACAAAGACAUUCUUUGGGAAUUUCAGCCCAAGAAAAUAGGAGAGGGAGAUCUCUUGACAGGUGGAGACUUAUAUGCUGAUGUAUUUGAAAACAGUUUAAUGCAACACCACGUGGGACUUCCUCCUGAUGCUAUGGGAAAGAUAAGCUACAUUGCCCCACCUGGCCAAUACUCUCUGAAGGACACCGUUCUUGAACUCGAGUUUCAAGGUGUCAAAAAGCAAUUUACUAUGCUUCAGACUUGGCCUGUGCGUUCACCUAGGCCUGUAGCUUCUAAGCUUGCAGCUGAUACUCCUCUUCUAACUGGGCAGCGUGUUCUUGAUGCUUUGUUUCCAUCUGUUCUUGGUGGUACUUGUGCCAUACCCGGUGCCUUUGGUUGUGGGAAAACAGUUAUUAGUCAAGCUCUUUCCAAGUACUCUAACUCUGACACCGUGGUGUAUGUUGGUUGUGGAGAAAGAGGAAAUGAAAUGGCAGAGGUACACAAUGAGCUAACUAGGCUGCACUACACCUCGUCUCCCCCCGAAGCAUAUUGA